AUGCUAUCAAGGCUAACGACGGGUUUACGCGCGCACGAGAGGGAAGAGAGGAAGCGGGUAGCGGCGACACAGCUUCAUCUUACGGAGGAGGUUGAACGGAUGCGUCACCUGGUCAUGGGGGGGCCAACAGAUGACAAAACAAAGGCGGUGUUGCUGACCAGGGAGGAGCAGCUGGAAGCCUAUCGGGAAAAUGAACGCGAGAGGCUGGAAGUUUUUGCGGGGAUGACGACAAAGCUGCAAGGGGAGGUCCAUUCCCCCUACCUGUCGGCCAAAGGAAGAUUUUACGGUGGAUCGGGUGAUGCCGGCAGAGGCGGUGUUAAGCUCAAGGCCCCGUGGUCGGAAGCGGAGGUUAAGGCGGCGCUGGCCGGGUUACCGAAGGGGAAAUCGCCAGGCCAGGACGGACUCCUGGCAGAACUUUUUGUGACCCACUGGGACCUGCUGGGGGGAUGCUUCAUGAAUUUUGCAAGAGACUUUGAGUCGACGGGAAGACUGCCGGAAUCAAUGACUACGGCGCUGACAGUCCUGCUGCACAAGAACGGGGAAAAAGACCUGCUGUCAAAUUACAGGCCGAUCACGCUCCUCACGACGGUGUACAAAGUACUCGCGAAGGUGCUUGCAAAUAGGCUGAAGCUGGAACUGCACCACAAAAUUUCAAAAGAGCAGCACGGAUUCUUACUAGGCCGCAGUUUGGCGGAUGCGGUGGCAGUGGUGGCAGAUGCGAAUGAGGUGGCAGACAGCAACGGGGAGGACUGGUACCUCCUGUUUGUUGACUUCCAGAAGGCCUAUGACACGGUGUCAAGGCCGUUCCUCUUCAAAACACUGGAGAAACUCGGUUUGCCGCCGCAUAUUAUCAGGUGGACAGAAGGCCUGCACGCGGGGGCCGGGACGAGGCUGGCAGUCAAUGGAUGGAUAGGAGAACGGGUGGAGAUGCAAAGAGGAGUGCGGCAAGGUUGCCCCCUCGCACCCUACUUCCGAGCGGACGGCGGUGACGCGGUGUCGUAUGUGGGAUACGCAUACGACACCUCUCUUAUCCUCAACGGGGAAGCACAACUGCACUCGGCGGCGGCCGCUCUUGACUGGUUCGGGGAGCUGUCAGGUCUGCGCAUCAAGAGAGACAAGUCGAUAGUCAUGCCGAUGGGGAGGAACAAGGGCAGGACGUAA